AUGGCUGGCCGCCUUGCAAUGAUGCGGAAGAAUUGGAGCAACUUCGCCGUGGUCUUCACAGAGACGGCGAACAAGCACAUGACUCUGCAAUGUGCUCAACAGCUGCACUGCCACAUGCAGUUGGAUCGCGCUCAAAACGUUCUUGAGAUCGCUGCAGGAGCUGGGCUGGGCUCACUCGACGCUGCUCAAUACCUGUUUGACGGGGGCUCUAAGCUGCGGACGUUCACAGUCACGGACUUGUCGCCGGUGAUGGUCGGGAUGGCCAAGGAGAACUUCAAUGGCGUGGAUUCAAGAGGUGUCGACAUCCAGUUCACGGAAGCCAACGGUAAGCUAGAGUUACAGAAGCUACGUAAAUGUUACGACACUCUAAUCGAUGUACACAGGCCAGGACUUGGAAAUUGUGACGGGUUCGAUGGAUCGAUACAUUGCCAGUCUGUGUCUUCAACUCGCUCCAGAUCCCGAUGCCAUGCUGCGUGA